GAUCAACAACAUCAUUGACAUCUACAACUCUUCUUUCAUCUCAAUUCAUUACAUCUACAGAAAAAAAAGCUAAAAGCUCAAAUCUCAAUCAAAAUGGCUCCCAAGAAGGUUCUCGUCGUUCUCACCUCUCGUGAUAAGAUGGACAAUGGCAAUCCUACCGGCUGGUAUCUGCCCGAGUUUGCCCAUCCCUACUAUGACCUCGUCGGCGAGGAUGAGUCCAACCCCAAGGUUGAGAUUGUCGUUGCUUCUCCCGCUGGCGGCAAGUCUCCCCUGGAUGAGGUUUCCAUCAAGAUGUUUGAGAGCGACCCCGAGUCUGUCAAGUUCCUCAACGAGAAGAAGUCCAUCUGGGAGAACACGCGACCUCUGAGCGAGUUCCUCGGCAAGGCUUCCGAGUUCGAUGCCAUCUUCUACCCUGGUGGUCACGGCCCCAUGUUUGACCUCGUCAAGGAUGAGACUUCCAUCAAGCUCAUCGAGGAGUUCUACAAGGCCGGCAAGCCUGUUUCCGCCGUCUGCCACGGCCCCAUCGUCUUUGUCAACGUCACCAUCGACGGAAAGCCUCUUCUGCAGGGCCGAACUGUCGCAGGCUUCAGCAACUCUGAGGAGGAAGCUGUGCAGCUGACCAGCGCCAUGCCUGCCCUUCUCGAGGAUGAGAUCAAGCGUGUCGGUGGAAACUACGUCAAGGGCGAGGACUGGGGUGAGAAGCUUGCUGUUGAUGGACUGGUCAUUACUGGACAGAACCCUGCUUCCGCCCAUGCUGUUGGCAAGGCUCUUGCCAAGGCCAUUGGCAUUUAAGAUGUCGAGAUCUUAUGAGAAAUGAGCUGAACAGAUUAGCAUGUUAAUGAAUAAAAUAAAGAUGAAUACCCAUCCCAUAAA